AUGGCCCCCAAAACUCGAACCUCGAACCAAGGCAGGCGCUCGCCCGAGGCGUCUGCCGCACCGGCUCCCCAGCGAAGCACGCCGCCCUCGCCGCCCUCAUCGCCUAGGACGAAUCAGGUUAACGUAGCUGGCGUCACCCCCAACCCCUGGGGGGAAAAUGGCUCCCGCCCAGGACGCCCGGGCAGCCCGUCCUACGCGGCCAUGGUUGUCCGCGGCCCAGUCCUAGGCCCCACGGUAACCGAGCCCACUACGUCGGCGGCCUCUCUGCAGCCAACCCCCACCGACGACGUCCCAUUGACAGCCCAACCUGUCGAGCCCACCGCCCAGGCAGCGACAGCACCGGCUCAUCCUCCUCAGGAGCUGAUCGACCCGCAGCCAGCCCUUGCCGAAACGCCAGAUGCUCCAGGCGAACCACCGGUGCAGGAUAGGAAGAGGAAGAAAAAGGUCAACAAAGGCAAGGCCCGCGAGAAGCCCAUGAUCCCCAUCGGCAGCGGCCACCCACCUGGUGUGGCUAGGAUCCCAGCCUGGGAGACGGAUGAAUACCAAAGGCACGUCAGCGAAUCUCGGAAACGUCGUCGUGUCACAAACGACAACCUCUCCGAACGUGCCCCGUCCCCACCCGCGAGAGUCCAGGACUCACCCGGCGCAUCGUUCGCGCAGACAGCCUCGCUCGAUUUUGACAUGUAUCUGGAGCCUGACCCGGAACGUGAGCCCACGACUAGCGAGGCCUACGCCAGGUUCGGCAUUGACCCUCGUCUCCUGACAGACGAACAUUUUCCUCCGCCGUUCAUGACCAAGGACGCGCAGUGGGUCGAUCCGAAGGCCCCGAGGUGGGCCAACGCCUCGAUACAACGGGACGUCUUCUGGAGCCCGGCGGGCGAGAACACGGAGGCCGGGCCAUCGAACUCUCACCGGGAAGCCUAUGGGGAGCCGUACCAACACCCUGCUACGAGAGGCGAGCAAGUCACCUACAGCGCGCCUGCCACGCCGCAGCUGUACGGGGAUUGCACCGAUACGCGAUCAACGCCGCACCCCCCCCGCUAUGAACCCCCCCAUGUGCCGUUCAGCGAUCGCACAUCGCAUCCUCCCCGUGCAACCGCCUCUCGGAUCGCGUCCCCCACUUUGGUCCCCCGAGUCCCCUACAUAGCGGGCCAGACUCGUCACGGACCGAACGCUCCGUCUCCGGGCCCGUCCGGAUACCAUCGCUCUCCGUCGCAGCGCCUCUCGCACAACGAACAUCCCAAUAACCCUGUCACUGCCAUACGGCGCCCUCUCCCUGCUACAGGCGGCUUCGCCUUCCCCAUCCCGGCCCCGCCGCGUACACCUGCGAGCCAAGAGGACGGAGAUAUCAACAUGCACGACGAUGGCGAUGACAACCGCCCCCCACGAGCCAGCACCUGCGCAACUCGGAUGUCAACGCGAACGCCAACCCCAGCUACCGAACCCACACUACGACAAACGCCCAGGUCCCUCCCCCUCUACCUCCUGUCGCAGCUCCGGCGCACGGACCAACGCACCACGACUACGUUCACCACCAGCAAGGACCCGCGCCUCUGA